AAGAAGAGGACUGUCACAUCUUAUGAUACUCAAACCUCACUUUAUCUCAAGUCAGUCUUCUUUGAGGUGUACAGUCAACAAGCAAAACUUACAAAGGAACAGCGUGUGAAGGUGCAAGAGAAAACAGGUUUGCCUUCUCGCAAUAUUACGUACUGGUUCUCGAAUCAUAAAAGACGAUUUCAAAAUACACUCAAGAUUUAUAGAAAAGCUGUUCGAGAAAGUGAAGGAGAGGUCAAAAGCUACAAUGAUUUUAUUCAGUGGCGUCAAAGUCAUGGCUUACCGGAUCAAGUAACACAAAAGGAAGUG